AUGCAGGCAAGUGCAGAUAUUCGCACAUUAGAGCGCAAUGUCUUUAUCAAUGCCAUUACAAAGAUCAAGAGCGAGAAUAAAGGAUUCAAAUUCAUUCUCGUUGUCGAUACAAUGACAUUGCCAGCAAUUUCUGCUUUAAUCAGCACAACAGAGCUCAUUGAGCACAAUGUCAUUCUGACAGAACUUUACGAGAAGAAGCGUGAACCCUUCCCAAUGUAUCAAGCUAUUUAUUUACUUCAUCCUUGCGUUGAUAUCAAACAAUUUAUUGCUGAUUUCAGUGAUAAAACACCAUUAUACGCGGCAGCUCACCUUUUAUUCACAUACACAUGCCUUCCAUCAACAAUGAGUGCAUUAGAAUCACAUCCUGAAGUUGUCAAUCACAUUUUAACAUUUCUUGAUCUCUGGAUCCAUUAUCAGCCUACACAACCAGGUGUUUUCAUGGUACCAUCACCACGAGCCUACAAAUUCCUCUAUUCUCCAAACUCUCCCGUUGAUUUCAACGCGAUCUCCGACGAGAUCAACUACGGCCUUAUCAGCUUCUUCUUGACCAUCAAGGCCAUCCCAAGUAUCGCCUAUCCAAAAUCCAUGGAUAAAAUCAAGAGAUUCUGCACAAAAUUCAACGAUCAAUUAAUGGGCGUUACUCGCGAGCUAGAUGAUGGCGGACGAUCCCUUAACAAGGACAACACCCUUCUUCUCAUCAUUCCUCGUGGUGCCGACCCAAUUACGCCAUUACUCCACAGAUUCACCUACCAAUCCAUGAUUUACGAGAACUUCCCAGUUGAAAACGACUGUGUCUACCUUAAGGAAGGCGAUCCGAACAGCGUUGUCGCACUCAAUCCAUACGAAGACAAAAUCUUCAACGAUUACUGCUACAAACACUUCCAGAAGUUCAUCGAGAUCCGUGAUCUCUCAUCGCAAGUCACACAGACCCACAAAAUCAUUACAGAUCCAAAUAUCGACAAAACAUCUCAAAAAUAUGCGGAAGCAAUGAAGCGCUACAUCAGAGAUCAGUCGUAUGCUACAACAGUAUCCAACCACCUCGACAUUUGUAUACGUCUGGAUGAAGCAUUAACUAAGCGUUGCCUUGCAGAUAUUUCGAAAUACGAACAACAGCUUGCCGCCAAGGAGAAAGACGGCUCCAGCUACAAGCCGAACCUUUCCGACCUCCAGGACAUCAUUAUCAAGCAGGGACCAGAGCCAAUGGACAAGUUAAGAGCAUUGGCCGUUUACCAACUUUCCGGUGGAAAAAUUUCUGACACAGAAUUGGAGAGGCUUUUAGAGGCAGGAUCACUUACAACGGGCAACUGGAAAGAUGCGAUCUUGAACCUCAAAUACCUUGGAGAUGCAGCUCCAAGACAAUCCUUGAGAGAAGUAAAUCCGGUCGAAGAACCAUUUGUUACUGACAUUUACUACCCUUACGCUGCACAGGCUUGCAUGGACGCAAUCGAUGGAAAACUCGACAAGAAGUGCUUCGAAAUUCCAACACACACAGGAAGAUACACAAACGUUGUUUUGUUCUUCUUCGGAGGUGUUUCGUUCGCUGAAUUAGAGAAGGUAGAGUUGCUCAGACAGAGAAUGAAGAGCACAAAGAUCUACGUCGGUGCAACAAACACUUUGACGCCAAGACAGUUCUUGGCUCAGACAAGAGGUUUAACUUCAACUCAGUAA